AUAUACAUAUAAAGACACCACACAAUCCACUCAUACUUGAGCUCCAUUUUGCACUGUACUUUGUUGGCCUCUUGGGAAAAACCUAAACAGAGAUCAGAGCAAGAUAGUCUUUUGCAUUUUUGGAAUUUAACACAUUUGGGUUUGAUUCAAUUUUGGUACUGUUUUCGGAGUUAGUUACAUUGCUAUAGUGGAUAAUGGGAGACAAAUUAGGACAGAUCAAAGUGACUGUUAUAAAAGGAAGACGUUUGGUGAUUCGAGACUUCAAGACAAGUGAUCCUUAUGUCGUUCUCAAGCUUGGUAAUCAGACUGCCAAAACCAAAGUCAUAAAUAGCUGCCUUAAUCCUGUUUGGAAUGAAGAAUUCUGUUUCACUAUCUCUGAGCCGGCUGAGGUUCUCAAAUUGGAAGUGUUUGAUAAAGACCAUUUCAAAGCAGACGACGAAAUGGGAAAUGCUCAUCUCAGUCUUCAGCCUUUGGUUGCAGCUGCUAGAUUGAGAACUAUUCUCGGGGUUGCUUCUGAGGGGACAACAUUAAGGAAGGUUAUCCCGAAUAAAGACAACUGCCUAGCAAUCGAUAGCAGCAUUAGUUGGGUGAAUGGUGAAGUUGUACAAGAUGUUUGGUUAAGGCUUUGUGAUGUGGAGUCUGGGGACAUAGAGUUGAAGAUCAAACUGAGUGAUCUUUCCUGCGUUGUUCCGGCCUCCACGUAGAGUGGUUAUCACUGACAUCGAUGCAGGUCUCGUUUGAGCUAUAUACGUCUUGUUGUAGGGGGGGGGGGGGAGAUGAUAUUUGUAGAUUUUGAUCAAGUAUGUGCAUAAGUCAGAUUGGAGUGAUUUAAGAAGUGGAAGGGGGAUUUUUGUAGUAUCUGUUUUUAUAAGUUUAAUAUCUGAUACACAUCUUCAUUUCCCUUCUUUUUCAUUUUUUUUUUUACGUUUCAUCUAUUUUGUUUCACUUGGUGACUCGAACUAACAACCUUCAGAUUGAAGUGUAGAGUGCUUACAAUUUGAGCAACCCUUCUUCUCGA